CUGCAGCAUCACUGAACUGGUGCAGUGCAAAAYGCACACUCAUCCUCACCGAUGGUGUGCAGAACAAGGGGGACAUAAAAAAAACCUUCCGAAACUAAAACAUACAUCUUUUUCUUAAAACCCUAAAAAAAAAACCACAACAAAAAUCAUCAUGAGCUACGAGUCCUUCUUCUCCCACCGACGUCCUUGGGACAGCUACAAAGGCUCCCGACCUACCACCAAGUCUUCCAUGUCGUCCUCUCUGUACUCAUCUCCCCGAGCUCCUCCAUCCGGCAAGAGGAUCCUGAAGACGACAUCCUCUUCGCUGCCGAACGGCUCGCAGAGGAUGGAUCUGGUUCAGGUGAGCUCCAUCAACACCGAGCUGCUGGAAAUGCGGUCUCAGGAGAGGGAGCAGCUUGUGGACCUGAACGACCGCUUUGCCACCUACAUCGAGAAGGUGAGGCACCUUGAGCUACAGAACCGAGCCCUGCUGGCCGAGUUGGACGCAUUGAGGAGGAGGCAGAAUGACCCGUCCCGGCUGCAGGGGUUCUAUGAGGGGGAAGCUCGGAGUUUGAGAGCCAUGAUCGACUCAGAGAACAAUGAGAAGAUGCAGAUGGAGGCAGAGAGGGACUACAUGCGGGAUGUGUACGAGCAGAUGAAGGAACGCUACGAAGACCAGGCAAGGCRCCGUCUGGAUGCCGAGGAGGGCCUGCAGAGGGCCAGAGAGGAGGCGAGUCGGGCCGUCCUCUACAACUGUGACACGGAGGCCACUGUGGUCUCUCUGUGUGACGAGAUAGUCUUCCUGAAGAAAGUCUUUGCAGAAGAGCAAGCGGAGCUCCAGGCCCAGCUGCAGGUGGCAAACAUCAGCGUUGACGUAGAGUUGUCUAGGCCUGACCUCUCCACCGCCCUGCGGGACAUCCGGGCGCAGUACGAGCGGCUCGCCAACAAGAACAUGCAGGCCGCCGAGGACUGGUACAAGAGCAAGUUUGUGAGUGUGGCGGAGAUGGCCAGCAAGAACAACGAAGCUGUCCACGCCAUCCGGGAAGAGACUAUGGAGUACCGGAGGCUGCUUCAGUCUCGUUCGUCUGAGAUUGAAGCUCUCCGGAAUGUCAUCAACUCCCUAAACAAGCAACUGGAGGAUUUGGAGGACACACAGGCCAAGGAGGUUGAGAAAUACCAGGUGAGGAUAAGUGAACUGGAGCAGGACAUUACUGAGGCGAAGCAAGAGAUGGCGCGCUACCUGAGAGAUUACCAAGACCUUCUCAACGUCAAGAUGGCCCUUGACAUUGAAAUUGCCGCGUACCGGAAACUCUUGGAAGGGGAGGAGAUUCGGCUGACCUACCCUCUCCUUCCAGCUCUAAAUUAAAACCUACUGAUAUCUUCAGAAACCCAGCCCCCCUUUUCUCUUCCUUAAAUGUUCUUCCCCAACAUUCUUUAUCCCCCUCUCACCUUUCCUCUAACUUCAGUCUUUCUGAAACAACCAUUCAUCAACCYUUCCAAGAAACAUACCAAAAACAGAAACUCAUCUCUCUCAAGACGGCAGCGCCCUUGUGCUAAACAAGAGGUCCAUAAGAAGUCCCCCUUCUUCUACACACGUCCUGACACCACACAUCAUGAAGAUGGCGACCUGUCCAACACAGAGUGGCUGGACUGCAUUAGUUAUGUAACAAAAGCAGGUGGCAGUUUUGCUUUGGCUGAGUUCCUCUCCGUUAAGGCAGGCUAAGGUCCAAGCAGCAGUUAGCCACUGGACUUUCUUGAUCCCUCUGUAUCCGAACAUUUGACCAGCUGUUUGUGAAGGAGACGGAAAGAAAUCCAGUCAUCUCUCAAUGCUUGGAUCUUUUCUGCCGCAUAUUUUUUUUCCACCUGGAACUCAACCAAUCAGUGAAGCAGUCCCCUGCAUCCGGUUUUCCGGUAAUAACUUAGAGGCGGUAACUUUAAACAUCUCUUUUAAACUGAUGACCACAAGACCUACUCUGUUCUAUGAUUUUGUAGUACAAAAAUUGGGUGAAUCUGCUCUUUAUGACUGGAUAAUUGGCUCUUUGGAUGUGUAAUAAACCACCCAACUUCCAGACACGUAAAUGCUAUUAAGUUUUAGAGUUUUGUCUUGAGAAAUUGUUUGUCUCAUAGACGAUUUGUGCCAAAUUUGCUCUUCUAAGUCAUUAAAAACUAGAAAAAUCUCAACAUGACAGCUCUAUCUAAGGAAGCCUCUUGUUCUAUGUCGGUUGAUUUCGGAUCUACACCUGUGAAAACCGUACAAAGUCGGCACCAUAACGAUCGGUGUCCUUGUCCUUGUAACAACCAACAACAAGCUGAAUAAACACAUAACUGACCUGCA